GAGUUGGCCAUUGAUUACAAGGUGCCCCCCACCGAUGUGAAAGUCACCCUGGAAGCGCUGAGAGAGGAUGGGUUCGGGGCGCGACCCCGGUACGACUGCUACCUGGCGGAGCUGCCCCCCGGGGAGACGAACAAGGAGGCAGGUGGCAGCAUCGUGGGUUACGUCCUGUCCACCUACACCUACAGCUCCUGGAAGGGCAGGAACGUCUACAUGGACAAUAUGUACGUCCAGCCCCAGUUCAGAGGCCGGCAGAUCGGGAAGCAGCUGCUAGAGAAGGCCGUCCAGGCAGCCAUAGCCAAGGGCUGUUGCCAGUUGCGCAUGCAUGUGGGCAACUGGAAGGCCAACGAAAUGGGCUUCCUGGCCCACCAUGGGGGCGAGGACCUGACGGCCAAGGAGGGCUGGGCCCUCUUCCGCUUCGAAGAAGACGCCCUGCAGAGACUGGCAGCCCGCAGCACAUUUUAGGG